GAGUAAACAAACAAACCCUUCCCUUCAGCUGUGUCACUCCUAAUUCCUAAACCCCAACAAAUUCAAAGCUCAUCAAAAUGCUGAGAGCUCUCACUCUCAGGCGCUCACUCACCUCCCUCAACCCUCACCCUCACCCUCACCACCACCUCAAAACCCUAAUCCCAACCACUACCAUCCCCAAACACCCUAUCAACCACACCUCCGCGCGCCCAUUCUCCACAGCCAACGCCAACGCCAGCGACGCAGAGCUCCGCAAGUACGUGGGGUACGCUGCGCUGGUCCUCUUCUGCGGCGCGGCCACCUACUACUCCUUCCCUUUCCCGGAGAAUGCCAAGCACAAGAAGGCCCAGAUCUUCCGCUACGCCCCUCUGCCCGAAGACCUCCACACCGUCUCCAACUGGAGCGGCACGCACGAGGUCCAGACCCGGGUCUUCCACCAGCCCGAGAACCUCCAGCAGCUGGAGAACGUGGUCAAGGAGGCCCAUGACAAGAAGGCCCGGAUUCGCCCGGUCGGGUCGGGCCUCUCGCCCAACGGGAUCGGGCUCUCGAGGGCCGGGAUGGUGAAUUUGGCGCUGAUGGAUAGGGUUUUGGAGGUGGAUAAGGAGACGAAGACGGUGAGGGUUGAGGCCGGAAUAAGGGUUCAGCAAUUGGUGGAUGGGAUCAAAGACUACGGCCUUACGUUGCAGAAUUUCGCCUCCAUCAGGGAGCAGCAGAUCGGUGGCAUUGUGCAGGUUGGUGCACAUGGUACUGGUGCAAGACUUCCUCCCAUUGAUGAGCAGGUCAUCAGCAUGAAACUGGUAACUCCUGCCAAGGGAACAAUAGAGGUUUCAAAAGAGAAAAAUCCUGAGCUGUUUUAUUUAGCUCGCUGCGGUCUUGGGGCCCUUGGUGUGGUAGCUGAAGUUACCAUCCAAUGUGUUGAGAGACAGGAGCUUGUGGAGCACACAACUGUCUCAAACAUGAAAGAAAUCAAGAAAAACCACAAGAAAUCGCUAUCUGAUAAUAAGCAUGUGAAGUAUCUAUAUAUUCCAUAUACUGACACUGUUGUGGUCGUGACAUGCAAUCCUGUUUCAAAAUGGAAAGGUCCCCCAAAGUUCAAACCCAAAUAUAGUACGGAUGAAGCCAUACAACAUGUCCGUGAUCUCUACAGGGAGUCACUCCAGAAAUACAGAAAAGACAACCAUGAAGCAGACGUAAAUGAGCUAUCAUUUACAGAGCUGAGAGAUAAACUACUUGCCCUGGAUCCUCUCAACAAAGACCAUGUCAUAAAGGUCAAUCAAGCUGAGGCUGAGUUCUGGAGGAAGUCAGAGGGAUUCAGAGUGGGAUGGAGUGAUGAAAUAUUGGGCUUUGAUUGUGGUGGCCAACAGUGGGUUUCUGAGACAUGUUUUCCUGCGGGAACGCUAGCCAAGCCAAGCAUGAAAGACCUUGAAUUCAUAGAAGAGCUGAAGCAGCUCAUAGAGAAGGAAGAGAUACCUGCACCUGCUCCAAUAGAGCAGCGCUGGACAGCUCGCAGCAAGAGUGCCAUGAGUCCUGCUUCAAGCUUAGAAGAGGAUGAUAUAUUCUCAUGGGUUGGUAUAAUCAUGUACCUUCCUACAAUGGAUGCCCGGCAGAGAAAGGAAAUAACAGAAGAGUUCUUUCACUACCGGCGUCGGACCCAGUCACAGUUGUGGGAUCAGUAUUCUGCUUAUGAACAUUGGGCUAAGAUUGAGGUUCCAAAGGACAAAGAAGAGCUUGCAGCUCUCCAAGCAAGGCUACGGAAGCGUUUUCCAGUAGAUGCAUACAACAAAGCACGAAGGGAGUUGGACCCUAACAGGAUCCUUUCUAAUAACAAGCUGGAGAAGCUGUUCCCAUGAUCAUGAUACCAUUUGAGAGGCAUCCUUCAUUGGGUCUGAAGGAUUGAGACGGGCUUGCAGCUCUCCAAGGCUAAGGAAAGCGUUUUCUAGUGGAUGCGUACAAUAAAACAUGAAGAGGGUUGGACCAUAACAAUUAACAGGAUCCUUUCUAAUAGCAGGCUGGAGAAGCUGUUCCAAUUGUUGGACACCAUUUGAGAAGCAUCCUUUGUUGGUCAGUUAUGCAUCUAUAAUUGUUUUUUUAUUUAAUUCAAUGCAUCUCUCGUCUUUCUGUUCAUCUGUUCACUGCUGCGAUGAUCUUUAGCGAACAUGUAGUGCCUAUACAUAAAGUUAAAGGGAACUUUGAGAUAUAAGGACUUAGACUAUUCAACUUAAACUCAGCAUAUAAGCUAGCAAGUGAUAUUUCUUGCAUUAAUGCUUUUUA